GCGCAGCAGCCGCCGGUGGCAGUGCCGGGCCCUGUGGGUACCGGGGCGGCGGGGCGUGAGGAGGGCGCGGUAGCGGCGCCCCCAGGUCCUUGCCCCCGUCGCCGCCCGGUGCCCGCCGCCAUGAAGAUCUGGACCUCGGAGCAUGUUUUCGACCACCCCUGGGAAACUGUGACAACGGCUGCCAUGCAGAAGUACCCAAAUCCCAUGAACCCCAGCGUGGUUGGUGUCGACGUGCUGGACAGACAUGUCGAUCCUAGCGGGAAGCUGCACAGCUACCGGCUCCUCAGUACGGAAUGGGGAAUACCUUCCAUUGUGAAAUCGCUUAUCGGCACAUGCAGAACAAAGACCUAUGUUCAGGAGCACUCUGUUGUUGACCCGGUGAAAAAAACAAUGGAGCUUAAAUCCAGCAAUAUUUCAUUUACAAAUCUAGUGUCAGUAGAUGAAAGGCUUGUCUAUAAACCACACCCUCAUGACCCAUACAAAACCAUGUUGACACAAGAAGCAAUAAUAUCAGUAAAAGGUGUAAGUCUUAGCAGUUACUUAGAAGGGCUAAUGGCAAACACAAUUUCUUCCAAUGCUAAUAAAGGCCGUGAAGCAUUGGAAUGGGUAAUUAAUAGGCUGAACGCAGAGAUUGAAGAGUUUGCAGCUUCAGCAAGAGGAACCAUGAGGAAUUCAAUGGCAGCAGCAGCAUUUGUAGAGAAAUGACAAUUCUUGGUACUGUCACCAGUCACGAGCUGUGGGAACGUAAAGGUCAGACCCUGACAUCCUCACAUAGUACACCAGCCUGCCUGGUAGUCCUGUUGACUCCAUUAGGUGCCAUCUGUCCCAUGAGGAUUCUUCAGUGUGAGGGGAAAACAGGACACAGCCCUGAACAAGUUGAUGCUUGUAGUUUGGUGCCAGAGGCUCUUCCUAGAAUUUUGAUUCUAAGCUUACAAGUGAUUUCAAGACUCUCUUAGUCUUUAAAAACUGUAAUGUCAUCUGUCCAGUAUAUUUUAUGUUGCAUGCCAUUUCUGUUAUCAAAAUUCUCUAUUGAAUAGUGUCUGCUAUAUAGAGAACCAGAGAUUAUUUUAAGUUGUAAACACACAAGAACAUUCUUCUGUAAGAUUUGUGUAGGGGGAAGAAAACGGGUCUGGGGGUGUAUGUAGAAAUAUAACUUUUUAAAAUAUAGCUAUUCUAAAUAUUUUUCUAAAAAGAAAUGGUUUGAGACUCUUACUAAAUUGAAAUCACUAAGCUUUGCCAUGCUUUUAUAGGAGAUUAUUGCAACUGAAACAGCAUUUUAAUUUAAAAGGUAUACAUGAAACUUCUGCAAAAGUGUACCAUCAUUUCUGAUAAAAAUACAAUGCUUGAAACUCAUCUGAAAUGUUUGUUUAGCCAUUAGCACUACUUGGUAGUUUUCUUUUCCUGAUUUUUCCACACUAAGGACUGCAUAGUAUGAACUCACAGUUUGCCUUUGCACUGAACAAAAAAGCAACUUACUGUUUAAUCUUUGCAAGCAUUCAACAUCUCGAAAGAUCAUUGUUUUAUUUUAUUUAUAUGACUGCAUUCUCAGUCUGCCAGAGUAUGUGGCGGUUUUUAAAUAAAACUUUUAUCUGAAUUCUGGCUA